AUGUCAUCUCCUACCCUCGCAGCCACGAACCUCUUCAACCUGGCCGGCAAGACCGCGCUCGUCACGGGCGGCGGCACCGGUCUCGGUCUCACCGCCGCCCUCGCACUCGCAUCCAACGGUGCGACCGUCUACAUCUCCGGUCGACGCAAGGAAAAGCUCGACGAGGCCGUUUCGGAGUACUCCUCCCAGAUCGGCGCUGGCAAGCUCGUUGCGAUCCAAGCAGACGUGUCGUCGAAAGAGGACCUGGCCAAGAUCGCCUCGACGAUCAAGAAGGAUGUGGGCAAGCUGCACAUCUUGGUCAACAACGCUGGGGUCGAGGGGCCAAUGACCAAGUUCGAACCUUCCUCCGUGGCCACACUUUCGGCGGAAGAGCUCUCGGAAGCCCAUUUGAAGAGCGAAUCCUUCGAUGCGUGGGACACCUUGUUCCGCAUCAACACAGCAAGCGUCUUUUUUUCCACCAUGACCUUUCUCCCUCUCCUCGCCGCCUCUCACGACGACACCUGGAAAAGCGCCGUGAUCAACAUCACCAGCAUCAGUGGGAUCGUGAAACUGAGUCAAUUUCACUAUGCGUACAAUGCAAGCAAGGCUGCUGCGAACCACCUGACGGUGAUGCUCGCCCACGAACUCCGAUUUCGCUCCAAUCUGGGGAUCCGCGUCAACGCCAUCGCUCCAGGCCUGUUCAGUAGCGAAAUGACCAGCGGUGGGAAAAGCCAAAAGGGCAAGACCAGCAGCGACGAUGUCAAAGGACACGAGAACCCAGCGGGACGCGUGGGAAGCGAGCAGGAGUAUGCGCAACUGGUGUUGUUGUUGGCUGGAAACGGGUUUAUGACCGGUCAGGUGGUUGCGGUGGAUGGUGGGUUUGUCACUGCUGUUGCUGCCAGUCGAUGA